AUGGCGGGCCGCGAGGGCGUGCGGAGCAGCGCGCGGCUGAGCGGCGGCGCGGCGGGACCAGCCGCCGACGAGGAUGUGGGAGCGGCGGAGAGAGAGGCGGCGCGCGCGGCCGCCGCGGCCCUGAGGAGAGCGCGCGCCCUGCGAGCCGCCGAGCGAGCCCGGGAGGUGGAGGACACCCCGCGCGUACUGAGGGACAAGUGUCGCCGCCUGGCCCGCGCGCUCCGGGACGCUAAACACCUCGUGGUGUACACGGGCGCCGGCAUCAGUACGGCCGCAGACAUCCCCGACUACCGCGGGCCGCGAGGAGUGUGGACAAGGUUACAGCGAGGAGAGACCGUAGGGCGAGUGGAGGUCUCCCGCGCCCAGCCCACCUUCACUCACAUGGCGCUGACGGCUCUGUGGGCACGCGGCUCGCUCAAGUUCGUGGUGUCCCAGAACUGUGACGGGCUGCACGUGCGCGCCGGCCUUCCGCGCCGCGCGCUCGCCGAGCUGCACGGGGACAUGUUCGCGGAGCGCUGCGCUGCCUGCCGCCGGGUCUACCUGCGGGCCUUCGACACCACCGAGCGCACGGCGAGGCACGCGCACGCCACCAGGAGACUGUGCCACGACUGCGGCCGCGAGCUGAGAGACACCAUCGUCCACUUCGGGGAGCGAGGCCGCGCCUCCUGGCCGCUCAACUGGUCCGGGGCGCUGCGGCACGCGGCGGCCGCGGACGUGGUGCUGUGCCUCGGCUCCAGCCUCAAGGUGCUGCGGCGCUACCCGCGACUCUGGCGGAUGCAGAACGCUCCCCACCAGCGGCCGGCGCUCUACAUAGUCAACCUGCAGUGGACGCCCAAGGACGGGGUGGCGGCUCUCAAGAUCAACGCACGCUGCGACGCGGUCAUGGCGCAGGUGGCCCGCCGGCUCCGUCUCCGCGUGCCCCGGUACCGCGAAGCCGCCGACCCCCUCCUGGCGCACGCCGAGCCCCUCGCCCCGCCCGAGGCGCACACCACCCGCCGCCCGCUGCUGCCCCUCCCCCGCUCCUCGGCCGCGGACGACUCCGACACCUCCUACUACUCCCUGUCCUCCGCCUCGGCCACCGACUCGGACGAUGAGCUGCCGCUGUGCCGCCUCGCCUCGCGCUCUUCCGCCGCCCGGCCCUGCCAGCCGGCCCCCUCCCCGCCCCUACCGCCGCCCGCUGAGGACGUCAAGCCGUCGCUGCGAUCCUUUCAGAUCUCCGACUCUGUGCAGGUCAGUCUCCAGUCCGGGGAGACCACGAUCCUGCUCCGUGCGGAGCACGCGCCGCUGGAGCCUCCUCCGGCCGCCGCCCGUGCCGCCACCGACGCGCUCCGCAGGUUCAGGAUGGUGAGGCCGCAGAGCUCCGUGCUAGCGGUCAACGGCUUCGGAACGAUCACCAACGGCCGCCGGAGCUACGGCGUCCCGCCGGACGGAGAGACCGAGUUCAAGCUCGAGAGUCAUCCGCCUCUCAAGAAAGAGAAGGAGGACCCAGACGGGUCGACCUCGGACGGCGCCUGGGACUUCGGCGACCGGCUCAGGAGGCUGCUGGAGCUGUCCCCGCGGCUCGGGGCGCGCGGAGACAAGCUGCGGCGGAUGAAGGACGAGGAGCGGCGGGACGAGGAGGCGAGCGCCUCGCUGGCCGCUGCCAUCAUCCGGCGCGCCGUGCUCGUGUGUCGCGCGCAGCUCUACCCCGGCCUCCACACCAUCAUCGCCCCGGCCGCGGGUCCUCGCCCGCCUCGUCCGCCGCCCGCCCCGCCGCCCCCGCCACCGCUCCCUCCCCCGCCGCCGGCCGCCGUAGCGCCGCCCGCCGAGUGCGUGUGGUGCGCGCGGCGCUACUCAUCCCGCCGCUGCCUGUGGUACGGUCCGACUCGCUGCACGCCCCCGGAGCGCCGCGCGUGGCGCCGCGAGCGAGAACGACGCUACCUGUGCGCGUGCUGCGGACCGGACGGAGAGGACGAGCCGCCGCCGGCCGCCGAGCGGACCCUCGACGACGGAGGGUGGUACGGGAAGGGAUACAGGAAGGGGAGGAGGAGGAGGAGGUAA